UAUACCUGAAAAUGGUUGUGCUUUAAGUGUGCUACCGCCUGGUGCACUGACCGUGUCAAACCUUUGUGAAAAUGGUGCUUUGUCUAGUAACGGAAGUCCGGGUUGUCUAAUGAACAGUAGUGGAAGCCCUGGAUCUCGUAUCACUUGUCGAUUUUGUGGUAAACGUUUUUCCCAAUCUGGUUAUGUGAAAGCUCAUGAGCGUAUCCAUACUGGAGAGAAGCCGUUCCAUUGCUCUGUAUGUGGUAAGCAGUUUAGUGAUCCCAGCAACUGGAAGAAGCAUGAGAGGGUGCAUACUCGUCAGAUGUCAGAAGCAACUGAUGAAAAAUCUCAUCUGCUCAAGCAAAGUAUCAAUAAUUUGCCGUCCUUGGUACAGCCACGCCGGAUUAAAGCGGAGUCGCCAUCAAAUACCUGUAAGAUUUGUGGCAAGAUGUUCUCUAGUCAAAGCAGUCUAGCCACACAUAGACGUAUUCAUACUGGUGAGAGGCCUUACAAAUGUUUGACUUGUGGGAAAGCUUUUACACAGGUUGGUACAUUACGUACCCACGAGAGAGUACACACUGGUGAAAAGCCUUAUCAGUGUAAAAUUUGUGGCCGCACUUUUGCCCAAUGUGGAAGCUACAAAAUGCAUGAACGCCGACACAUGAGCAUGACAUAUCGACGGUGCCGACUUUGUCAAAUGACAUUUGGAUCUUGGCCUGAACUACAGGACCACGUAGCCACCCACCAUGCCAAUCAGUAUAAUCCAGCCUUGAUAUAUUCUCUUUCUGAUGGGCAAGGUACUGACAUAGGAAUGCCCAAUGGGGAUUAUGAUCACACAGGGGCAAGCACUCCACCAGGAUCCUUAAUCAUUGACCCUGAUGAAGGUAAACCUGAUUACUCUAGUCAUAUACCAUUAGCUUAUAACAGUCCAGAUGUGAGUAAAUCUUUAGCUAAAGUCUCUCUCUCCCCAAUGUCCAAUGCUCCAUCUCUUAAUGCAUUUGUUCCACAGUCCAUUAACUCCAUUGCCCAGUCAAUUAACUCUAAAUCAUUCACUCCCUCAAUGGACCAUCCAGAAGAUCUCUCCACUCAUUCAUUACAUUCAGAAAAUAUUAAAAAAUCAGAGAUCUCGGAAGGACAAGAAAACAUCCCUCCCAACCAAGAACCAGUGGACAUGAUUACAACAGUAAACCGUCAUCGUCGUUUCAGUUCAGAAUCUAUAAUUAGUAGUAGUAAUCGUGAAACCAACAGUAAUCAAAUCUUUCGAUAUGAAACUUCACAUUAUGAUAAUUUGGUAGAUGCUGACAUAACAGCUACUAAUCUCCCUCACCAAUCUCCAGAAAAUUCCAGUAUAUGUAGUUCCAAAUCUCCUGAUGGUGCUCUUCUUCCAGAUAACAUUGCACCCCAUGAAGAUGGAGGACAGCAAUUGCCAUCUGCCAUAACUCGUCUCAAUCUCAACUCUCGAAUGAUGCCCUCAUCCUCUUCGACCUCAUCAUCGACCAAUACUCGCAAACAGAAACAUCCAAUGCGCCGAUGUAGUAGCACUAACGGCAGUGACUAUGACAAUGCUCCACAAUCUUCAAGUCCCUCCCCUGGAUUAGUUGUAAUGAGCCAGAAAGACAGAGAUGCUGAUGAUCAAUCAAUGCUGACUUAUCUCAUCUUGAAGGGCAAGGUUUUCAAAUGUGUUCACUGCCACAUUGUUUUUGAUGACUGUUCCACCUAUGUCCUACACAACGGCUUUCAUUCACACAAUGGAGAGCCUUUCCGUUGUGGCAUUUGUCACAUUAUUUGCAAAGACCGCAUUGACUUCAACUGUCAUCUAACAAGCCAUAUCAAAUAAUUUUACAGAAAGAAAACAUUAAAAAAAAAAGGCAAAAGUCAUUUUAUUUAGUCUCACCUACCACAAAAAUCAACUUGUCUUUCUUUAAUGUUGGUGCUACAUCUUUAUUUUGUUGUGAAGUCCACUCUCUUAGAAUUGCAUCCAAUAAAUAGUGGUUCAGAUAGAAGCAUGUAUCAUAUAGGACCUACGGAUUAUGAUUUCCUGCUUUUAAUAACUUGUAGAAAUGAGAGGGAUGUGGUAAGAUGCUUUUAUUUUAUCACCCUCUAUUGAAAGUGUAGAUCUCGCAGUUUUACUUGGCCUCAAAUUGGUUGUAAAAGAAAAUAUAUUUAAGGUUAGAGUGGGAUGGGAAGUGUUGUUGAAUG